AUGAAAGUCGUAGCGCUUCUAAGUGGUGGAAAAGACAGUUGUUAUGCAAUGAUGGAAUGUGUUCGUUUUGGCCAUGAAAUUGUCUGUCUCGCUCAUCUUCAUCCACCAAUUGAGUUACCAGCAGAUGAAGCCGAGAUCGAUUCCUUCAUGUUCCAGAGUGUUGGACAUCAGAUCGUCAAGCUUAUUGCUAGUAGUAUGGAGCUUCCAUUACUAUCCGAGACAAUUACAGGCACAGCAGUGGAAACAGAUAUGAAUUAUCACGAGAUAGCAGUUGGUGAUGAAGUCGAAGACUUGUUUCGGCUCUUGGAGAGAGUAAAACGACAAUAUCCAGACGUUCAAGGUGUUUGUACUGGUGCAAUCUUUUCCAGUUAUCAACGGAAUCGAGUCGAGAAUGUGUGUUCGAGAUUGAAUUUAACAUCUUUUGGAUAUUUAUGGCGUCGAGAACAGACGGAAUUAUUGCAAGAGAUGAUUGAUUCCGAGAUAGAAGCAAUCUUGAUUAAGGUCGCAUCGAUUGGGCUACAUCCUCGGAAACAUUUAGGAAAGACCAUUGCCGAGCUGCAACCACAACUGAUGAUGCUGAAAGAAAAGUAUCAGAUGAAUGUAUGUGGUGAAGGUGGUGAAUACGAGACGUUUACGCUGGACUGUCCACUUUUUAAGAAGCGUAUCGUCAUUGAUGAAAGCCAUACAGUGCUUCAUUCGGACGACUACGUUGCUCCUGUAGCCUUUUUGUCGAUCGACAAGUGUCAUUUGGAGGAUAAGGAACCUUCGGAUCCCUCGCAAUUAGCCUCGCGAAUCCCAGAACCUUUGCUUUCUCGUUUGUCAAUCAGUGCAACGAACACAAACAAAAAGCCAGCUACCGUGCUUGCACUUUGCCCGCAGUCUGCAACGAAAUUUGUGCCUGCUUUUGGUCAGUUUCGCGACCAAGUGCACCUUUCAGGCAUUAUGAGCAGCAAGGCUGGUGACGCAUCCGUCUCGCUGAAGGAAGAAAUGAUUGAUAUCGUUAACCAACUAGAGACCGUACUCGAGAGUCAAGAGAUGGUGCUAGCAGAUGUGUGCUUUGUCCACCUGUAUGUUCGUGAUAUAGGCGCAUUCGCUCAGCUCAACGCCGAGUAUAUCCGACAGCUCGGACAAAACCUGCCGCCAUCACGUAGCUGCGUCGAAGUGAAGGCACUGGGAGACGUACCUGCCAGCGUGCUUUUGGACUGUUUCGCGUUACGCGGUAGUGGAGAACAAAAGUUACAACCUCUGCGUGUACGCCGCGACGUCCUGCACGUGAAGAGUCUUUCAGCCUGGGCGCCCUGUUGCAUUGGUCCGUACAGCCAAGCUAAUGUGCUUCACAGAGCGCUCAUCCUUUUGGCUGGUCAAAUUGCGUUACACCCUCAAACUAUGGAUCUCGUACCAGGUGACCACGCCGCCCAGACGGCGCAAUGUUUUCGCAACGCCUGCCGUGUAUUGGAAGCGCUUCAGUCGAAUCUUCGUCACGUGUGCUCCGGUAUCAUCUACACCACCGGAGAUCCUGACGACCGAGGAGCUCGGGAGUAUUUGCUAGCUGACAGCCGUCGCAACCUUAUUACCAAUGCCGGUUUGGAUGAUGAGUUUGAGUCUGUUGAUGACAGUGAUGAAAGCGAUGAAGAAGUGGACAAGAACGAAGUGCGCUUGGAGUUUGUGAAGAAGGCUCCGCUGCUGGUGGUUCAGGUGUCAAAUUUGCCGCGCAAUGCUUUAGUGGAGGUGGAGCUCCAAGCACUCACGCACAUCGCGCUGAAAUAUUUGGUACCGCAAAGCAUGAUGCGUACACGCUAUUCAGACAACUUGCGCUUCGAGUGGCAAAGUGGUAUGGUUCCACGCGCACUUUGCCAAAUCGUGUGCAGUGCGUCAGUUGAAAAUGAUGCAAAAUACUUGGACACUCGAGCGUUGGCAAAAGCUGUAGCAAAAGGAAUCUGGACAUGCGUGCUGGAUAGCCUGGUGGAAGCAUUAAUACCUUGGGACCGAGUGAUUCACGUGCGCACCUUCUACGUGGCAACGGCAUUCUCAAGCGAGAACGAAUUGGCCAAGCCAUCUUACGAGACUAUAACAGCACGAGGUAAAGUUAACAGCAUGCCCGGCAUGACGUUCGUACCUGUUGAUGCCAUCCAGAGUGAUGCAGUAGUUGCACUGCAGGUGACGGCGCAAGACCUCGACAAGCUCGAGACUGAGCUCUGGUUGCACAAGCAGAUCUAG